UGCAUUUUGGGCAUGAAACACUGGAAAGGGUGAUAAGUGUGAAAUAAGUGAUAUACAUAGUUUUUCCCGGUAGUAAUGGAACCACAAGAUAAAAUGAGGGACUAAACUGCAAAUCCGUACAGGCCAAGUUCACUCCAGCUUCUUCCCGUCCAAUUGUGCUUCAUUCCUUCCGACCGUCAAACUGAUGGCCCGAUCGAUGGAGGAUCCGUUGACCCGACCCUUACCGCCGCACGCAUCUCUCUCCUCGCAAGCACUCUAUUUCCUAAACUCAACCCUAAGCUCAAGAGAGGACCUCGAUGGAGCCCCGACCCUGCUGUCGAAGCUCCAGACCGAAUCCGAUGACCUCGAUCGGACCCUCUCCGAACUCAACGAAGAGCUCCGGUCUCACUUGACCCGACACUCAUCGAAUUCGGACCUCGUUGGGUCGCUCUUCUCCAGUGUCCGCGCUCAGUUGGAUGACCUUCGCCUCAUCUCCACUCAAUCUCCAUCGGGAGGAGGAUCGAAGAGAGGGAUGGGAGAGGAGUUGCAGGCAUUGGCCAAGGAAGUGGCCAGAGUUGAAACUGUGAGAAAUUACGCAGAGACUGCAUUGAAGCUUGAUACAUUGGUUGGUGAUGUUGAAGAUGCUGUGUCAUCCACUAUGAAUAGAACAUUGAAGAGGCACCCAUCAACAAAAAAUUUAGAACUUCUGAGAUUUGAGAGUGCAGUACGCAUAUUUCAUUUGUUUUCAAUCUUUAGUGCUACAACUGAAACAUCGGAUAUGCGUGUAGUUGCUCUCAGAUCUCUUAGAUCAACAGAAGACGUUCUUUGUGCAGUUACGAAGACAUAUCCUCAAUGGAUCCGACUCGUUUCAGCUGUCGAUCAUAGAAUUGACAGAGCUUUGGCCAUUCUAAGACCUCAGGCCAUUGCUGAUCACCGUGCACUUCUUGUUUCUCUCGGGUGGCCCCCACCUCUAUCAACCUUAAAUCCAUCAAAUCCCGAUACCAAAGGAUCAUCCGAAGUGCAGAACCCUCUUUUCACAAUGCAAGGAGACCUGAAAGCCCAGUACUGUGAAAGCUUCCUUUCACUGUGCGGCCUCCAAGAAUUGCAGAGAAAAAGAAAAGCUCGGCAGCUCGAGGGGCAUUAUGGGGAUAUCAAUCUUCAUCAACCACUUUGGGCUAUUGAGGAGCUCGUGAAUCCCAUUUCCAUCGCGUCUCAACGCCAUUUCUCAAAGUGGGGCGAAAAGCAAGAAUACAUUUUUGCCCUUGUGUACAAAAUCACUCGAGACUAUGUGGACUCUAUGGAUGACCUACUGCAACCGCUUGUUGAUGAAGCAAUGCUGUCCGGAUACAGUUGCAGAGAAGAGUGGAUAUCGGCUAUGGUAUCUUCACUAUCGACUUACUUAGCGAAGGAAAUACUCCCCGUAUGCAUAGGCCAGCUUGAAAAAGAGAGUGAUGAUAGUGAGGUUCAAUCACAGGCGAGACUAUCCUGGCUGCAUCUUGUGGACCUGAUGAUUGCAUUCGAUAAACGAGUACAGGCUUUAGCUGCACAGUCAGGAGUACUUCUUUCUCUUGAAGAUGAUGUCAAUACGCAAAAGAUGUCGUCAUUUAAUGUUUUCAUUGAUAGACCCGACUGGCUUGAUUUGUGGGCUGAAAUAGAACUUCAUGAUGCGCUUUAUAAAUUAAACUCGCAAAUAGAAAAUGAAAGAAAUUGGGUUGUUGAAGGCCAGGAAGUUGGUCUUGAUGAAAGGAAUAAAUCACCAUUUGUUUCAACAGCUGUAUUCAGAUGUCUCUCGUCUAUGAUCGAUCGUUGUCGGUCUCUGCCAAGCUCGUGUUUGAGGUCGCGGUUUGUUAAAUUGACAGGUGGACCGAUAAUAUGCAAGUUUUUGGAUUGUCUGAAACAGAGGUGUCAGGAAGCAGAGGGUCUAACUGCAUUGACCGACGAUAAUGCUCUUAUUAAAGUUGCAAAAUCUGUUAAUGCUGCUCGUCACUUUGAAUCUCUUUUGAAGGAACUCUGUGAGGAUGUAUUUUUUCUGGAAAUGGAAGCGAGCGAUGGUGGUGUUUAUCAUGAUGAAAUAAAGAAACUGGAGGGCUUUAGAAACGAGUGGAUUGAGAAGCUAUCAACUGUCGUGUUGAGAGGUUUCGAUUCACUUUCCCGGGAUUAUAUAAAGAAUAAAAAACAAUGGCAGGAAAAAAGUGAAGAAAAUUCAACACUUUCCCGAACUUUUGUGGAAGCUUUGGAUUAUUUGCAGGGUAAACUAGCGGUAUUUGAAGAAAAUUUGAACAGAGUGGAUUUCACGAGGGUGUGGAGAAGUCUGGCUGCCAGUAUAGAUAAAUUGAUCUUUACGAGCUUACUGAUGGGCAACGUGAAGUUUCACGAUAGUGGGGUCGAGAGACUUUGCAAUGAUUUGGUAAUUUUAUUCGGGUUAUUUGGGGCCUGGUGCUUGAGGCCCGAAGGUUUCUUCCCAAAGGUCAAUGAUGGUUUGAAGCUGUUGAGAACGGUCAAAAAGCAGUUGAAAAGUAGUUUGAUCGUGGAAGAAAGAUGGUUGAGAGACAAUGGGAUCACGCAUUUGAGUGCUGCCGAGGUAGAAAGGAUUAUGAAGAACAGAGUCUUCUCCAGUUGAAGUCUUUGAAGCUAAAUGGUUGAUCCAUACAUUGGUGCCGGGAGCAGGAAUAUAGGUGGGCCCACCAAAUGCUUGGCAUCAUCUGUAGUGAAUGUGUGUGUACCACUCUGCAGAGGGAUCCAUGCUAACUUUAUUUGUACACACACUGACACACACUUGUAAGUGUAACUGUUUUGUGAUAAAAGUCACCAUUCAAUUUUGAUAUCACAGUAUCAAU